AUCAGCCGGUCUAAUUGGCGCUACGACCGCCACAGUAAAGCCCUACUCCGACUCAGACUCGGUCUCUCCCCUUCUCUCUACAAAAUACGUCACACAGACAAAGCUCACGCCAGCCUCUUCCGACUCCGAGCGAAAAUUGUAGAACAAAGGCCACAUUCUUUUGUGUUUCUCUUCGGAUCUGAGUUCUGAUUGAUACAGAUGGAUCGGUAUCAGAGAGUAGAGAAGCCUCGGACAGAGACGCCGAUUAACGAGAAUGAAAUUCGCAUAACCACUCAAGGUAGGAUGAGGAAUUACAUUACUUACGCCACCACUCUCCUCCAGGAGAAAGGAUCUAACGAAAUUGCUCUGAAGGCAAUGGGCAGAGCUAUUAAUAAAACUGUGAUGAUUGCUGAAUUGAUUAAGAGAAGGAUUGCUGGCCUUCAUCAGAAUACAACAAUUGGUUCUACAGAUAUAACUGACACAUGGGAACCACUGGAAGAAGGACUUCUUCCCCUGGAAACUACUCGCCAUGUCUCGGUUAUAACAAUAACCUUGUCCAAGGAGGAGUUGGAUACAUCAUCCACAGGGUACCAACCACCUAUUCCGGCUGAUCAAGUGAAACCGUGGAAUGAAAAUGAUCAUGAAGGAGAGGGAUCUCCUAGCCUCCGAGGAAGAGGACGUGGUGGUCGCGGAAGGGGUAGAGGUACAGGGAAUUAUAACAAUGGAGUGCUAGUAUACAAUGGAGAUGGUGGCUACGAGGAUGGGCUUGGAUAUGGUGCAAGAGGUCGUGGUCGGGGAAGAGGCCGUGGUUAUCGUGGGCGUGGAAGAGGCUAUGGUGGUGGUGAUAUGCAACAAGAACCAGGUGGUUACAAUAACUAUGGUGGAUCAGGGGCAAUGCCUGCUCAAGGUCGCGGGUAUGGCCGUGGGCGAGGGCGGGGCAGGGGCCGUGGGCGUGGGCGUGGUCAAGAUUUCAGAUCAGAUGGUCCGGUCCAGGCAGCUGCCUGAGUCUUAGACAGUGACCUACAGAAUGUGGUUUUGUUAAAUAUUUUGGAUGCCUGCUCUGCUAAUUAUCUGAUUCUAAACAUUAGAGGAAAAAAAAAAGAAGGAAAAAGUGGAUUUUAGAAAACUUUAUAGGGAUAUUGUUUAUAGUGAGCUGCUACCGUCUUUUGGAGCGGGUAUGUUUUUGUAGUUUGAAUAUAGGAUUAUUCAAAGUUGACUGAAACUCGGUUGUUGUACACUUUCAUCUUUCCUUUAGGAAAUAAUAGAGCAGUACAUUCUUUCAUUCUGAAUGUCGAUUUAGCAUUCCUUU